UCCAUGCGAACUCUUCCUCUUCUCAGCUCCCCCCUCUCUUUAAUUCUUUCUCUGACAGUCUCAUAAAAUUUUUAUCAGCAAGAUCUCUCUUCAAGGCCAACCUGAAAGUAGCUGAUUUUGUUUUAAUUCAAUAUUUGAAAACGGAGACUUGUGUGCACAAAGUACACCCAAUUUUGUAUCAGAAAUACACGUUUCUGAACUUUGUAUGUGUGUUUACAGAUAAAGGUACACACUGUAGAAGAUAGUAAAUAAAUUCUUAGACCAUGAAUCCCAAAGAUGGUAACCCCACACAUCAACACGAUAAAAGUUUUGUGACAGUCCCCAUGGCAAUAAUAGUUGUUGUGUUAUGUGGGUUUUCAUUCUAUCUUGGCGGAAUGUUUUGUUCGGAAAAGGACAGAUACGUAGCUAAGGACAUUACUAAGGCUAUUGAAACUUCCAAGGAAAUGGUUGCAUGUCCUCUCCAAGCUAAAGAAGUAACUUUUCCUGAAUGCAGCAUUGAUUAUCAGGAUUACACGCCGUGCACAGAUCCAAGGAGGUGGAAGAAGUACAGUAUUCAUCGGCUUAUUUUUCUAGAGCGUCAUUGUCCUCCGUUAUAUGAAAAGAAAGAGUGCUUAGUUCCACCACCUGAUGGCUAUAAGUUUCCUAUACGAUGGCCUAAGAGUAGAGAUGAGUGUUGGUACAGGAAUGUCCCCUAUGAUUGGAUAAGCAAAAAAAAAUCAGAUCAACAUUGGCUGAGGAAAGAGGGGGAUAAGUUCUUCUUCCCUGGUGGGGGAACCACGUUCCCCAAAGGUGUUGGUCCUUAUGUCGAUUUGAUGCAAGAUCUGAUAUCAGGAAUGACAGAUGGGACUGUCCGGACUGCUAUUGACACUGGGUGUGGAGUUGCCAGCUGGGGAGGUUAUAUAUUAGACCGUGGGAUUCUGACUGUCUCUCUUGCUCCAAGAGAUAAUCAUGAGGCUCAGGUUCAAUUUGCUCUGGAACGUGGAAUUCCUGCAAUUCUGGGCAUCAUAUCAACACAGAGACUUCCUUUCCCUUCAAACUCUUUUGAUAUGGCACACUGCUCAAGAUGCCUCAUUCCAUGGACUGCAUUUGGCGGUAUUUACCUUCUGGAGAUUCAUCGUAUACUGCGGCCUGGAGGCUUUUGGGCACUCUCUGGCCCACCAGUGAACUAUAAAAGACGCUGGAGGGGAUGGAACACUACCAUUGAAGAGCAGAAAUCAAAUUAUGAAAAGUUACAGGACUCGCUAACUUCAAUGUGUUUCAAAUUGUACAACCAAAAGGAUGACAUUGCUGUUUGGCAGAAAUUAUCAGACAAUAGCUGCUAUAAAAAGCUCGAGACUCCUGACAAUUACCCUCCGAAGUGUGAUGAUGGAACAGAGCCAGAUUCGGCCUGGUACACUCCACUUCGGCCAUGUGUCGUGGUUCCAAACCCGAAGUUAAAGAGAGUAGCAUUAGAGUCCCUCCCGAAAUGGCCAGAAAGGUUGCACAAGGCUCCGGAGCGUGUUGCUGAUGUUCGUGGAGGCAGUUCUGGUGCUUUCCAGAAUGACGAUAGCAAAUGGAAGUUACGGGUGAAGCAUUACAAGAAGUUGCUUCCUGCAAUUGGGACCGAUAAGAUAAGAAAUGUAAUUGACAUGAACACUAUGUAUGGAGGGUUUGCGGCCGCUUUGAUUGAUGAUCCGCUAUGGGUAAUGAAUGUCGUUUCUUCAUAUGCUGCAAAUACGCUUGCUGUGGUUUAUGAUAGGGGCCUUAUAGGAGCUUACCAUGACUGGUGUGAGGCUUUCUCAACUUACCCUCGAACAUAUGAUCUUCUUCAUCUAGAUGGACUCUUCACAGCAGAAAGUCACAGGUGUGAAAUGAAGUAUGUUCUCCUCGAGAUGGAUCGCAUCCUCCGGCCAAAUGGAUAUGCAAUCAUCCGAGAAACUAGCUACUUCGUGGAUGCUGUUGCUACCAUGUCUAAGGGAAUGAGAUGGGGAUGUCGCAAAGAAGAUACAGAAAGUGGCGUUGAGAUGGAAAAGAUCUUAAUUUGCCAGAAAAAACUCUGGUAUUCUUCCAAGAAAACCUCAAGAUGAUGAAUGAAAAAUGCAUUCAUAAUACUAUAGGAGAUAAGUGUGUUAUAUAAUAUUAAUAACUCAUAGGUUAUGUAUAAUAUUGAGGUUCAAAACAUUUGAAGAUUUGGUUUUUUCUAGUUUUUAGUGAUUUAUUGAUAUAAUA